AUGGCCGGUGUUAAGACUUACGAACUCAGAACCCAGUCCAAGCAGGAAUUGGAGGACAAGCUUGUUGAAUUGAAGAAGGAACUUGCUGCUCUCAGAGUGCAGAAGUUGAACAGACCUUCUCUUCCAAAGAUCAGACUUGUCAGAAAGGACAUUGCUAGGGUUUUGACCAUCAUCAACGAGCAACAGAGAGACUCUGUCAGAGCUUUCUACGCUGGAAAGAAGUACAUUCCAAAGGACUUGAGAGCCAAGCAGACCAGAGCUAUCAGAAGAAGAUUGACCAAGAGCGAGAAGAACUUGAAGACUACGAAGGCUAAGAAGGCUGCUAUUGCUUACCCAGCCAGAGACUUUGCUAUAAAGGCUUAA